ACCCAUCCAGCCAGCAGAAAAUGUGUUGCAGGCCAAGGCAACACACAAGGCAGACGAAACGGAAAAGACACAGCGCAACCGAGCCCGUGUGCAGAGCGUGUGUGCCUGUGUUUGUGUGUGUGUUCGUACGUUGUGUAGCCAAGGGUGGGUAGAGAUAGGCCGCCAUUCAUAAAGGGAAAGCUGCUAAUUUUCCUGCCGCCCAGCAGUACAACAACCGGAGUCGGACGCAGCAAAAACAAUCGAUUUCAACUCUGGUCCCAGUCUCGAGUGUGUGUAUGUGUGUUUGUACGUGCGUGUGCCUGUGCAUGUGUGCUGUAAAACAGUGGUAGAGUUCCAGUUUUGAGCAAAACCACCAGUGCCACCGUCUCCUACGCCAAGACACUGCCGUGCCUGUUCCGUGCUUGUUACCGUUGUCCGGCUGGGAAAGAGUGUGGAAAAGGAAAUCUCUCACAGUGAGUCCGUGUGUGUGUGUGCCAAACAAAAAAAAGCGCGCUAUUCCACCAUUUGGAGCAUUCGUGAGCCGCAAACCGAAACAAACAACUCGACGACGUGUCACAAUCAACCGUCUCUCACACCGAUCAAAAAUUCAGUGAAAGAAAUCUUCCGCCGCAGCACGGCUGCCUGGCUGGUGGCACGGUGGUACCAUGUGAGGAUGUGCAUUGCCAGCACCGCCAGAGCAGUCCACUCGAACGCGACCAGCUGCAGCUUGCACGGGGUUGCGCCACCGCUAGGUUAAUCUGUUUCGUGCGUGCUCUGUAAUUCCCUUUUUACUAGUGCGACCGAUAGCGAAAAGAAGUAUUUCCCCUUGUUGUGUGGGUGUGUGUGUGUGUCUACAAUCAAACGUUUUCCCGUGAUAUAUCGGCCAGCAGUAAAUGGGUGCGCGCGAUGCUGAAGAUACAGAUCCAUCAUCCACUGGCUAUGCUUAGCCGCUCACUGUUGAGGCAGUAAAGGAAUCGUGCAAUUCGCACCCACUACUACUAUUACUACAACUGCUACUGCUACUACUACUGCUGCUGCAGCAUCACAUUUCCACCGCACACGAGUGCAUGCUAUUGUAACUAAUAUUAAGUCAAUUCGAAAUACGACCCGUGCACGCGUUUGCACCAACGGGAACCACCUUUACGCCGGCCCGGAAAAAAACACCAAUGGUGUUGCUAGCUGCGCCAGUGAGACAUUGAACACAACGGCGGCGUUGCAAGCAGCGAAGCAGCAGCAACAACACCUGAACCCCGGCCCGCACCGACCGAUUAGCGCCUGCCGACUAGUUGCAGUCCCUCUCAAGGCGGCAAGAUGAAGCAAAUCAACGUAUCGGUGGUGGGUCUGUCGGGCGUGGAAAAGGACAAGGGCCAGCUCGGGGUCGGCAAAUCCUGUUUGUGCAAUCGGUUCGUGCGCCCCAAAACAGACGACUACGCGAUCGAUCACAUUUCGGUGCUGAGUCAGUCGGAUUUUAGCGGCCGAGUGGUGAACAAUGACCACUUCCUGUACUGGGGCGAGGUGCGCAAAACGUCCGAGGAGGGCGUGGACUACAACUUUAGCGUGAUCGAGCAGACCGAGUUUGUGGACGAUGCCACCUUCCAGCCGUUCAAGGUCGGCAAGAUGGAGCCGUACAUCAAGCGGUGCGCCGCGAUCCGCAUGUCGUCGCAGGAGAAGCUGAAGUACAUCUGCAAGAACCAGCUCGGCAUCGAGCACGAGUACGAGGAGAUCGUCCUGCCCGAGGGCCGCUUCCUCGUCGACGGGUUCGUGUGCGUGUUCGACGUGAGCGUCGUGCCGAACCGGACGGUCGAGAAGCAGGUCGAGUUCGUGACGCAGAUCAUCAACAACAUCCUGAAGGUGAAGAAGCCGGUCGUGCUCGUCACGACCAAGAACGACGACGCGAACGAGCUGUACGUGCGCGAGGCGGAGAAGAUCUGCUCGCGCAAAGAGUACAAGGGCCAGAUACUGCUGAUCGAGACGUCCGCCCACGAGAGCAUCAACAUCGAUCUCGCGUUCGUCGUGCUGGCGCAGAUGAUCGACAAGGCGAAGCAGCGGUCGAAGGUGCCGUCGUACGCGGAGGCGGCCAAGCAGCGGAACGAUCUGCUGAACGCGAGCACCGAGUACGUGACGCGCCUGAUCCGGACGCAGAUCACCGACCACCGGUCGAUCUGGAGCAGCUCGUCGAAGAAGCUGUCGAACCACCGGGAGUGGAUCGACUUUCUCGAGCUGUUCGGGCAGGAGGCGGGCCAGCGCAUCUUCCGCCGGCACAUCAAGAAGCUGCGCGAGGACUACCAGUCGAAGAAGCUGCAGAGCUACAUGGACUCGUUCGCGUGCGUGCUGCAGGAGAUGCUGCCCGACAUCAACAGCAUCAACCUCGAACUGGACAGCUUCAAUGACUGGGCCUCGAUACGGAGCUACUUUCGCGACCACAUCGACUACGAGCAGUACUUUUUCGACGCGAUCGAGCGCGGCGGCAGCUGGGCGGAGCUGAGCGACAUGAGCGACAUGGAGGACGAGAACCGGAUACCGUUCGACAUACUCGACACGCCCGAGGCGGAAACCGUGUUCAAGAAUCACAUGAACGCGCUGCAGCAGGAGCAGAAGCGAUUAGACACAGCAGUUAGGGCAAGACAGUUUGCUUCCGUUAAGUUUGCGCAACCGACCUCUUUUCGCCCAACUAACGACCCGCCCGGCGGCUCCGUUUCGCCCCAUUACAGAUGGAAAAAGCAGUUCAAAAAGCUGCUGGAAGAAACCGGCUACGUUACGCCGGGCAAGCAGCUGUCCGAGGUGCGCGUCCUGUUUAUGGGGCGCGAGUGCUUCGAAGCGCUGUCCGAGCACGACUGCCAGCAGAUCUACGACAACCACCAGCGCGAGCUGGUCGAGACCGCUAAGCACAACUUCCAGGAGCUGCUGAUGGAGCAUGCCGAUCUGUUCUAUCACUUCAAAAACAUCGAACCGUCCGGUACGAUCACGCAGAACGACAUCAAGGAGAUAACGGACGUGCUGCAGGAGGACCUGCGGUACAAGCUGCUCGACCGGCUCGACCAGGACCGGAAGGUGAUGCUGUUUCAGCAUCUCGGCUUCGUGCACUGUCCGAUCCGGGAGCACUGCCCGGCGUUCCCCAACUGCAUGGAUGCGCUGAUCGAGCGGAUACUGAUCUCGAACCAAAACCUCCCGAAUCCACGGUUCGCGCAGAAGGAUGGCCAGCUGCAGCUGAACCUGAUCGUGAUCGGGCUGGACUACAUCGCGAACGAUUUCAUCGACAAGAUACACCAGAACUGCAACGACAACGGCGAGUACAUCGUGGACGGGCAGGUGUACGGGCUGAACAUCGAGACGAUCAACCGCGACAACGACUCGUUCUCGUUCGAGCUUCAGUGCAAGGGGCUGAUCUGCUGCUACUCGAACCGGCAAACGUUCCAGUAUGUGUACGAGGUGCUCGACCGGCUGCUGGUGGACAAUCUCGACUUCAAGGACAGCGUCAACAACCUGCACAUCGUGUUCAUGAGCGACGAGAAGAACAGCCAGAGCACGCUGCACCAGCUGCAGGCGGACGGCCAGUCGCUGGCGGAGAAGCUGCACUGCGUCUUCAUUGACGAGAACGAGUUCUACAUCUCCCAGCAGCAGACGAAGUUCAUCAACACGACGCUGAACAGCGUGAUCGACUCGAUCCCGUUCGAGGAUCUGAAGUACGGCCUCGCCCUGCACGAGCUGCCCGACCUGCGCAUCAUCAUGUCGAUCUUCUGCGGCGACCCGUUCUCGAUCGAGAACAUACUCAGCUCGAUGAUGCUGGAGCAGUCGUGCAUCAGUGCGGGCGAGCGCAACAUCAUCUUCGAGAUGUUUCUCGGCGACUCGAAGCGGCGGGUCGAGCUGAUCCUCUCCUCCUACCACGGCGCGAACGCGUUCCGGGACGAUCUGAUCCACGGCUUCAUACUGCUGUACUCGAGCAAGCGCAAGGCCUCGCUGUCGACGCUGAGCGCGUUCUCGCUCAACAUUCCCAACCUGCCGAUGCAGAUCGUGGCCGUGUCGGAGCAGGGCGGCGUCAAUGCGUUCUUCAACAGCGAGCUGUCCCAGCUGCUCAUCACUGAGGGCAACGGGAUCGCGGACAAGCUGCGGGCCCACUUCGCCACCGGCUCGGACGACGAGGGCCAGCUGAAGUUCGCCUCGUUCGCGCCGUUCCUGAAGGAAGUGUGGGAUAAGAAGCCGGAGAUCGAGCACGCGUUCAACCUGGAGGAGCCGCUGACGAUCGAUUCGGGCGAGGGCACGAUGGAACACUCGAUGCACCAUCACCACCAGCAGCAGGUGCCGCAGCCACCGCCCCGGUACGAAAGCUACCUCAUCAACGGGUCGGCCACCACGUACCGCGGCGGGAUCGGGGGCCAACCGCCGCACCACGGGCACCAUGGGUCGCAGGCGCAGCAGCAGCAAACGCUCGCCCAUCCGCCGCAGCACGGUGGCCAGCAGCAUCACCAGAAGCUGUCGCAGCAGCUGUUCGACAACCGCUCGAUCAACUCGCUGGACGAUCUCGACAGCCUGAAGCAGCAGGCGCAGCAGGCCCAGCAGCUCCACCAGCAGCAGCCGCACCAGCACAGCAGCAUGUACUACUACGAGGACAGCAGCGACUUCGACAAGGGCGGCAGCAAUCAGGGCUUCCAGAUCUAUCCGCCGCCGACGACGCCGCCGGAACCGGCCCCGCCGGACCACCUGCUCAUACCGGCGUCGAUACUGCGGCAGCUGAAGGCCGACACGGUGUCCCAGUCGCAGUCGAGCCUGGAGGAGAUUAACUCUGACGUCAGCGGAUCCAAGGACUCGAUCAACACUUACGACUCAGGCUGGAUAGACGACGGGUUUCUCAUCCAGAAGCAGGACAACAAGCAGAGCGAAGAUCUCUGGAAGAACAUGAACGCACACCACGCGUUCACGACCGGCCGCCGGCCGAACCAGUCGUCGUUCGCGAAGAAGAUACGCCCGAAGGGACCUAGUCAAACGCUGAAGCAGCCGGGCAAGCUGAACCUGAAAAGCUUCGCCAUCGUGAACGAAGCGAUCGCCCGCAUGAACAUUGGUGGUGGCGGCGGCGGGGGAGGAGCUGGCGGCGAUGGGGGCGCCUCGGGCGCGAACGCCGGCCUGGUACCGAUGACGGAGAAGGAGCGCAAGAAGGCAAAGAAGCUGCUGCAGCAGCAGCAGGCCCAGCUCGAGCAUGCGCCGCUGGCCGCACCGGAGGACGACAGCGAGGAGUACGAGGACGAGGCGGGCUACGAGCAGAUCAAUGACGCGUUCAGCGAUGCGGUCAACAAUGUGGCGAGUCAAUUAUUUACCACCUUUUCCGGCGGCCCCGGUGCCAACCAUGGUGGGCGCGGUGGGGGUGGCGGCGGCGGUGGAGCGGACAGUUCGGGCGGUUCCGAGAUGGGGACGCACAAAACCAAACUGCGACAGAGAAGGGAAAAGGAACAGAUCUUUAACAUACAAGAAAACUCCGACUCGGAAAGUGAUUCGAGCUCGCUGGAGCGCAAACGCUCCAACGAUGGCUACUCGAAGAUCAACCGCAAAGCGCAACCGCACAAACGGCAUCGCAAAAAACGCACCGCCAUCCCGGUGCAGCCGCCCAAGAUCCCGCUCGGCCCGUUCGGCUCGUCCGCGGGCGAUAUGAUGGGCGGGGUCGGGGCGAGCGGCGGCCCACUCGGCGGCAUGCCCAUCAUGUACCAGAAGCUGAAGAACGAGCUGGGCAGCGGGCUGGAAAAGCAGGACAAACCGUCCCAGGAGCCGGACGAAUCAAGCGUUGACAUCUCAUCCCCGCGCGACAACUCUCCUAUCUUUGGCGUGCUGCCGAAGGGAAGCGAUCGGGAAAAGCUGAUCACGAAGCAGAAAAAUUGGUUCGGCAAGGAGAUCGACCCGGCCGGCAAGGCCAGCAAAGAGUCGAAGGACGCCCGGGGCAGCAGCAAGGGUGCGAGCAAAAACUCAAAACAUAAUGGCGCUGCGGCAGCGGCUGCAGCGGCGGCCGCAGCCGCUGCACUCCAGCAGUCCUCGCUGGCCAGCCUGAAGCAGUCCGACAAAGUGCCGCUCGUGCCGCUGUUCGUGGAGAAGUGUGUCAAAUUCAUCGAGCAGGAAGGACUCGACUCGGAAGGCAUCUACCGGGUGCCGGGCAACCGCACGCACGUCGAUCUGCUGAACCAGAAGUUUGCUGAAGAAUCGGAUGUAGAUAUAGAAAAGCUGGACAUACCGGUGAAUGCGGUCGCCACCGCACUGAAGGACUUCUUCGUGAAGCGUCUCAAGGGGCUGUUCAGUGCGGAAAUGAUGAGCGAGCUGGAGGAAAUAGCCGGCUCCCGGCCGCUCCAGUCCAUCACGAGCCUUAACAUGGAGGUGAAAACGGAUCGGAGCUGCCGGCUGAUCGCACUCCGCGGGCUGCUAAACAAGCUGCCGCCAAACAACUUUGCAAUACUGAGCUACAUCUUCCAGCAUUUUGUACGUGUAUCGGAAAACUCGAAGCUCAACAGCAUGGACAGCAAAAAUUUGGCCAUCUGCUGGUGGCCGACACUGCUGCCGAUCGAGUUCACCGACAUGAUGCGGUUCGAAACGAUGCGCCCGUACUUGGAGGACAUCGUGCAGACGAUGAUCGAUCAGUAUCCGUUCCUGUUCUGCGGCGAGGAAGCGUUCGUGAUGGUCUGAUGCGAGUAAGAGCAGCCCGCCAGCACCGUGUCAGCCGUGUCGGGAGGCGGGCAGAACGCUCGUAUUUAGAUGUUGUGUAGAGUUUGCACCUGACGGUGUGCCUCCCUCCCCCGAUUGCUGAUGCAGGGGAGGAUGAGCGCUGUUUGGGUGUUGGCUUCCAACUCGCAAGAGGGAAACUCACGCGUACACACAGUAUUUGAGAAUGAGGGGGAGGAAAACAAAAGUCCGAAAGGACAAGUCAAUAUUGUAACUGAAAAAAUACCCACACAUACACACACACACAUGCAGACGUACACACCAACACAUACUUAAAGCAUCAUAGGCUAGUUGAGGAAAUGUGCUAAACACCAAUCACUUGCAUUACUGCAACUCAUAGGAAAAAAAACAAAAAGCACGCGAAGGGUUCAGUCGUGUACCCAACUCGUUGAAUGAUACAUGUUAGGGCAAAUGAAUCGGAAAGGAAGCGAGAGAAUAAAGCAACAAGCUACCCAUAUACUCAUACUCAUUGGUACAACCGCAUACAAUAUUUUAAACCAUACUCGUAUCAAUGUGUAACGAAACCAAUAUCCAUGCGAUAAUGAUGGAUGCAUUUAGCAAAAGGAAAGCGAAUGGAAGACAGCAUGCAAGCAACAGAGAGAGAGAGAGAGAGAGAGAGAGAGAGAGAGAGAGAGAGAGAGAGAGAGAGAGAGAAA